ACGGGAAUGUUGCUAUAAAUGCCGGUUGCAUGCAUCUUCAACUUUGGAAAUAUGUGUUGAAUAUAUAAACACUCAAUAUGGUAUCACAGAUAAGAAGAGGAGGAAUAAAACUUUUCUACCAAACCUCAGGACAAACACUUGUCCUGAGACAUGCAAAAAAUAGCAGCACUUCUUGGAUGUAUAAAACCAAAGUGGUUAUACCUAAAAUAGAUAAAGAUAAAUAUAUACCCACACAAAGAAGAGAUACAGUAAAUGUGAGAGUUGAUGUUUGUUACAUAGAUACUGGUCGAGAGAACCAUAAUGCCAAAGGGAAAACUGCAAUAAUACUUCAUGAUAUUCCUGGAAGUCAUAAAGACCUUUUUGAACUAAUCACUCAAUUAGCAAAAAAUGGAGUUCGUGUUAUUGUUCCCAAUUUUCCAGAACUUGGGUUUUCUGAAGUGGAAGUGCCUGUUGAAAAAAAAUAUGGAGGUAGAAGAUGGAGCAUUCUCAAGCCAGUCAGAUUAUUUGCUGCUUACCUUCAUUGGAUGACAGGCAGUCCCCACAUGUGGCAGGUUUUAAGGAAGCAAACUGACUAUGUUCACUCUACCAAGGAAAGAGCCAAUUUUCUGCUGGCAUUUCUAGAUACCAUUGGGGUAAGAAACCCAGAUGUGGUGGUAGCUCAUGGUUUAAAUGCCUAUCCUGCCCUGAUGAUAGGUGCACAUGUUUCAUGGGAUAUAUUCAGAACUAUUGUGCUUGUUACACCAACUCCACAUAAACCUUGCAAGGCUUUCAGACCAUAUUUUUUCACAUGUUUGUUGGCAGAUUAUUGGCAAUUUAAUUAUUUGAAUAGACCCUUUGUUUUGCUUGCCUUACGUUGGCUUGGUAGAAGAAUUGGGCAAAGUCACCUACCAGUUGCUCAUAUAGCUGCUAGUGCUAUGGCAAUGAGGGAGCCAGGAGAACAGGGGGCACAUGGUACUUUUUAUGAUGUAAAAACAGAUGGGAUCAUAGUUAAAGAGAAGAAAAUUCCUCUCACCUACAUAAUGAGUGAAAACGACAAACUUAUAGAAGCCAAUCUUUCUAUGGAGUUUGCCAAGAUAUUGGGAGUAACUGAAGAGCAGUUUGAUAAAUACAAGGGAGGAGUUAUACAGAAAAAAGCCACUUCACAAUGGGAGGAUUACUAUACCAAAGGAGUUUCCAUUGAUGAUGGCACGCAUUUUGUGCAGGGGAAGUACACUGAAUUAGUUGCCAAUGAAAUAUUGGACGUUUUAAAACAUAUGUAUAAUGUACAAUCUACAUAUUACUUACCAGUACAAAAAAGGAAAAAGAUACAAUUGUUUGAGUAGGUUUUAAAUUGUGCAAUCUUUCAUUCAGUUGCAGACAAGCAGAUGGCACCAUGAACGUUAGAGAUAACUUAAAACAGACCUCAACAUAUAGCAUCAAGGUUUGUUUCAAGUUAUCUCUGAACCUCAGCGUGUCGGCUGGAACAGUAAAAUGCAAAAUAUGGUGAAUUUGAUGGUGAAAUCAAGACAUGUAAGAAUGUGUUACUACUGCAUGUUAAA